AUGCUUGGUGAGUUUUACGACCGCAUCACUGAAGAAGAAGACAAAAGAGGUGAAUGGAUGGAUGAUAUACUAAAAAAGCCAUUGAAUGGUAAUUCAGCAACUGUUACAACUCUAAACUCUCCUAAAUGCAAUCCUUAUGGCGAACAAGAAUCUUCAAAUACACUUGUGAUCAACAAACUGGACAAACUUGAAGAUCCGGUGAUACAAAAUGAAUUUCGACUAGUAUGUCAUUAUUGUCGAGUAAUGUGCAAAUUCUACAGUGUUAAAGAGCCACAAUGGAAUUUCUAUUCAAUAGUGUCUAAUGUCUUUGCUUAUCGGUAUAUUCCAUUGAAAGAGAGUAUACUUGCAUGGUCAAGUUUGCAUCUAAGUAUCGUUGAAGGUACCCCCUUAACCACGGCGAAAAACUAUUUUCAAAGCGCUAUUUCCUCGGUGAUAAAAGAAAAUUUUUUGAAAAGUUCUAUUCCAAUCGAGCUUCUCUUGGCUUCAGCAUUUUUUCUUUGCCAUUUUGAUAUCAUGUGCGGAGAAACAAAUACGAUUUGGAUCCUUAGACAUGUUUGGUCAACUGGUAGAAUUGGGUUGAUAUUUGAGCCUAAGGAAAAAAAUGAUGGAGAACAUACUCGAAUUGAUAGAAAGUUGCCUGUUUUGAGCGCUUUUGCAUACCAAAUAAUCACCUGGCUCGUUUACUUGGAUAUCAGGUCUGCACUCUUCGUCGGCAAUAUCAGUUUUCCUGAUUACAUUGCUCUUGAAGAUAAAAGAAGAGAAGAUUUUACUGCAAAAUACGAAAGAAGCUCGGACUUGGAGUAUCUAACUAUUGCUGACAAGUAUGAGUCAAAAGCAGUGUACAACAUAUUUGCCCACUCACGACAAGUUUUGAGCAGUAUGUAUGGGCCAUCCUACCCCAAAGAUUUUCAAUCGACUGACGAUUUACAAGACCAGAUUUUGGUUUUAAUGGUUAAAAAUAUGCUCAUGUUUGGAACACUAAUUAGGCUAAGAUGCUGGUUUGAACUGUGUGGAAACUCGACUGAAUUUGAUCCCCAAUCUGUUCAAGAAAGAAUUGAUGCACUCUACAUUGAAACUCAGAAACUAUCAUCAAUCAAGGCAAAUGAUUCUGUGUCGCUAUUCCACAUCUUGAUCAUAAAAGCACUUGUUCAUGCUUCAAUAAUUUACUUUGAUCGGAUAUGCAACCCCAACAUUCGAACGAACGAAAAAUGUCAACUUGCUGCAUACGAGAUCCUUAAGGUAGCCCUUAAGCUUCGGGAAAUAAGGUCUCUGAAAACCCCUGGUUCUACUCAAUGGCCUUUUCCCCUCUUCAUAGCAGGCGUUGAAACUGAUGAUGUAGUACAUCAGAACUGGAUUCUUGAAGAAUUGGAAAGAUGUGAAGAAGAAGGAUGGGGUUUACAUAUUGGAAAGACUAAAAUUCUUUUGAAAGAGUGCAUCAAGCGACAAGGUAAAUUAAAUCAAAGAGUUGAUAUUGGAGCGGUAAUGGAAGAACUAACGGGCUAUUUUAUACUAUGA